AUGUUUAAGCUUCAAUGGCUUGUUGCAACUCUAGCUUGCUUGACUUUUUGCAUAGGAGAUAAUGUUUCAUAUGAUUCAAAUGCGAUAAUUAUCAACAGAGAACGACGUAUUAUCUUCUCAGGCUCAAUUCAUUAUCCACGCAGCACUGAAGCAAUGUGGCCUGAUCUUAUUCAAAAAGCUAAAGAUGGCCGACUUGAUGCAAUUGAGACAUACAUUUUUUGGGAUCGUCACGAGCUACAACGACAGAAAUAUGAUUUCUCUGGAUGUUUAGAUUUUAUUAAAUUUUUCCAACUCAUCCAAGAUGCUGGACUUUAUGUUGUCAUGAGGAUUGGUCCUUACGUGUGUGCCGAAUGGAACUACGGAGGCUUUCCAGUGUGGUUGCACAAUAUGCCAGGAAUCCAACUGCGAACUAAUAAUCAAGUCUACAAGAAUGAAAUGCAAACUUUCACGACAAAGAUAGUGAAUAUGUGUAAACAAGCCAAUCUCUUUGCUUCACAAGGAGGGCCAAUAAUAUUAGCUCAAAUCGAGAAUGAGUAUGGAAAUGUGAUGACACCAGCUUAUGGAGAUGCAGGAAAAGCAUAUAUCAAUUGGUGUGCUCAAAUGGCCGAAUCUCUCAAUAUUGGCGUUCCAUGGAUCAUGUGCCAAGAAAGUGAUGCCCCACAACCUAUCAUUAAUACAUGCAAUAGAUUCUACUGUGAUAACUUUACUCCAAACAAUCGUAAGAGCCCAAAAAUGUUCACUGAAAAUUGGGUGGGAUGGUUCAAGAAAUGGGGUGACAAAGACCCUUACAAAACUGCAGAAGAUGUAGCAUUUCUGUGGCAAGAUUUUUUCAAUCUGGCGGCGUCUUCAACAAUUAUUACAUGGGAGAGGUUCUGCUUUUUAAGCAACACAGAUGAAAAAAAUGAUGCCACCAUAGAUCUACAAGGAGAUGGAAAAUAUUUUGUACCAGCUUGGUCUGUGAGCAUUCUUGAUGGUUGCAACAAGGAGGUUUACAACACUGCAAAAGUAAAUUCUCAAACAUCUUUGUUCGUGAAGAAGAAAAAUGAGAAGGAAAAUGCACAACUCUCGUGGGCUUGGGCUCCAUAA